AUGCUAAACAACAACCCUCUGGAACUUAUUUGUAGCAAUGAGGAUCCGGCUACAAAUUUGCCCUACAAUGGAACCAGAACAAUUCCUGACUUGCGCCUGGCAUCAAGCGACAUCAGUGAGCAUACUCACCGCCAAAUAAUUGACGAUCCUGGUUCUGGUUACAAACCAGUCACUGCUAGUAUUACCAUCGGCAGCAAAAGCAGGACAAGAAAAGUGCCAACUAAGCUACCAUGGAACUUCAAGAAGGCUGACUGGCCAAGAUUCACAAACUUUUAG